AACACCUGUGAUACGUUUUCGGGAGAAGAGCUUUUUAACAGGAUACGUAGCCUGGUAUUACUAGUAGUGAUUUUAGCUGUGCUUGAUCGGUGUGACUGUUUCACUGUGUAGGCACGUUAUAACUGUGGGGGAGCCGCGAUACAACUUACCAGAGCUACGAGCUGUGGUCUGCUGCCGCCGUCAUGGGAUGUGCUAUGAGUGCCGAGGAGCGGGCCGCGAUGGCUCGAAGUAGACAAAUUGAGAAAAAUCUCAAAGAAGAUGGAAUUCAAGCUGCUAAAGAUAUAAAAUUAUUACUUUUAGGUGCUGGGGAAUCGGGGAAGAGUACGGUCGUAAAACAAAUGAAAAUUAUCCACGACAGUGGGUUUACUCCAGAAGAUUUUCAACAAUACAAACCCGUGGUGUUUAGCAACACGAUUCAAUCAAUGGUAGCUAUGCUUCGUGCUAUGCCUAAUCUCAACCUAAACUUCGCAAACAACGAGAGAGAGGCCGACGCGAAGUUGGUUUUCGAUGUAGUGGCUCGAAUGGAAGAUACAGAACCCUUUUCUGAAGAGCUACUGUGUGCUAUUAAACGGCUGUGGAUGGACACAGGUGUCCAAGAAUGUUUCGCGCGGUCAAACGAGUACCAGCUAAACGACAGCGCUAAAUAG